CCCUGCCCCAGGGCAGCCUUCCCCCAGCCUGCACGCUGGGGCCGGAGUGGCUCUGCAGAGGCCAGGCAAUAGCCCGUGGGAGCGCUUCUCCUCCAGGCUGGUGACAGUCGUGCCGGGAGCCGUGGCUCUGCCGCUCCUGGCUGGGUCCUGGCUUUCAGCUUCAGGCACCUCUGUCCUUGGGAGAUGCCCGCUUGGGAAGGUGGGAGCAUUCCUGCUCUAGCCCUGCAGUGCUCUCCUUGGGUGAACCCAGGUCCCCAUGGGACACAGAGCCCCAGCCCACAGCCCGGGGCACGAUGCUCUUGAGGGGAAGGGAGGGACGAGUGCCAUGGAGCAAGCCUGCGUUUGAACUGCAUUCACUGCUGUUCAGAACUGAAGGAGUGCCUUAAAAUAGUUCAUGGGAGCUUCUCUGUCCUGUGUUUACAGACAUGGCUGGAGGCGAUGGAUAUCCAGCUUCCCGUCUGGGUUCCCGGGCUGACACGCUGGGAUAUCGCAUGGGUCCCCAAAGAGCAAAGUAUGAAGCUGAAAGAGGCAAGUCUUCCCAGCGGUCAUCAGAAGUCCUGAAGGAAAUCCUGAAGGACCUGGACAAGGCAGCGCUUGAGAUGGACCGUGAGACUGCGGAGAAUGAGGCGCUUCAGGAAGGAGGCAGUCACGCGGUGCCAGUCUCUGAUGACAGAAGAGGGGCAAUUCAGUCAGUGGAGGUGCCAGGCGUGGAUGGCACGAGAAACAGAAAUGCUAUGGAUCCAAAAGCUUUCCAGAAGUACUGCAUAGAAGGCGCCGUGGCGGUCGUGGGCUCCAUAUUGCUUGGGAUGGUUUUCUGUUGUGUGAUCCGCCUGUGGAGGAAGAGAAGGCGGCGCCUCGCCGCAGCUUCGAGAGCCCGGCCCGACACCAGCAGCUGCCCCUCACACCCGGACACCUGGACUGCCCACCCCAGCACCUCCAAGAGCUGGACCCAACACCAGCAGCCGUCACAUGUGCCUGGAAAAGCGGCCCACCAGCCACGGAGCACCGGCGGGGAACCAGCCAGCACCGGCGGGGAACCAGCCUCCACCAGCCCGGACGGCCGCCCGGCCCGCCCGCCUCCGCCCCGGCCCAAAUGGCUGUCCAACUCAGCCAGCCAGGUGUUGCGGGACCGGCCCAGCACCCUCCGGGCCCCGGAGAAACGGCAACCACCCCCUCGCCCCCCAAGCCCAUUUCUCCAGCCCUCCUGCAAGGGCCUGGGGCAGUCCCGCCAGGAUAUGGAUUUGGGGAGCAACGGGGAAUGCGAGGGCCAAUAGGGGAGCGACAACAAAUAUGUUUUCCUUGGAUGACAAGGUCACACACCUAGUUGGCCAAGAGAAGCCAGCUGAUGUGAUCUUUCUGGAUUUCAGUAAAGCUUUUGAUACUGUCCCUCACAGUCUCCUCCUGGGCAAAAUGUCCAGCACACAGCUGGAUAAACGCGUAAUGCGGUGGGUGAGCAAUUGGCUGGGGGGUCGGGCUCAAAGGGUUCUCGUCAGUGGGGUUACAUGGGGCUGGUGGCCAGUCACUAGCGGGGUUCCACAGGGAUCCAUCUUGGGGCCGGUACUCUUUAAUCUCUUUGUAAAUGA